AUGGACCGUGGGAAGAAGAAGGGGAAUUUUCUUGGUAUGACCAACAAUAAGAUCUACAUGGACCUGAAGGACAUUAUACGAGAAUGUGCCCUUGUUUACCUCCCGGCCAAGUCGCUUAUGAGGUUCAAGAGUGUUUGCAGGGACUGGAAACUCCAGAUUUCUAGUCCAUUCUUUGCCCACAAUCAGUCCCAGUGUUCUUGCGCCGUGGUGGGCGUGUUUUGUCAGUCUUCUGGAGAACCACCACUCUUAGUCCCUUUUGAUGCAAAAUCCUGUGGUGUGCCAGACCCCCAUCUGAGUUUUUUGCCUGAGCCAGUUGAAAUCAGGUCUUCGUCUAAUGGGCUGCUGUGCUGUCAAUCUUCAUCCUCCGCACAGAAGUCUUACUAUAUCUGCAAUCCUGCCACUAAGCAGUGGAAGAAACUCCCAAAACCAAAUGCUGAUCAUGGGUCUAGUACUGCCAUUGCGCUUCUCUUUGAACCGUCACUGCUGAAUUUCAUACCUGAGUACAAAGUCGUUUGUGCUUUUCGCUCCAAUGAUUUUGAGGAUGGUACUGAAUUUGAGAUAUAUAACUCAGUGGACAACUCCUGGAAGAUUGCAGGGGAAAUUCUAUUCAAAAGAUUGCGUCCAAUUACAUCGACAGCUGUUUGUGUUAACAAUGUCAUCCACUGGAGUCUUGGCGCUGGCCAUGUUCUUUCUUAUGAUCCUGUUAAGGAUAGGUCAAAAUGUUUUUUUCAACCUCAUCAUCAUGGUUAUCAUUCUGAUUGUAAUGGACUUUUGGGAAACGUGAACGGUGAACUUGCUUCGGUUAGGAGCAAUGGCAAUUCAAUAUACUUGUCUGUGAUGGAGGAUGCACACACAAAUGCGAUGCCAAUGGAUUAUUAUGGCUAUGGGGCUCAGAGGUUGAACAAAAAGAAUGUUAGUGAUUAUGUUGUCAGCGUUGCCCAUCAGAAAGUAGUCUUUGUAUGUGGAGAAGGGGUGGUAUUUCAGGUUGGCGAUAAACUCUCUUUGUUGAGCUUGAGAGAUCAUACUACAAAGGAGCUCAUGAACCUUGUUGGUGGAAGUGAGAAAAGGAGUUUUGUUCCUUAUGUGAACAGUUUGGUUAGCAUCUAA